AACAAUGCCCUUUAUUUCUCACUUUUUCCUCAGGGUUUUCGUAGAAUUUGGCGGCGGAGCCGCCGGGAACGACUGACGAAAUGGUGGGUCGGGCUUCGUGUAUGUUGUGGUGUUGGGUUGUUGUCUGAGAUCUUGGUAAAAAUUCUGCCAUUGUUAUGUUGAGAAGGAAGGAUGAGGAAGAAGGGAAGUAGGAGGAAGAAGGGAAAACAGAUGUUAACCCUUAGCUAACGUUACAGUUAAGUGGCCACAUCACCCAAAAAGUAAAAAAUAUUAAAAUAAUGAAACAAGUGCUGAUAUUUGCAAAAAUGCCAUCAUAUUAACAUGUUAUGUCAAUAUGGCUUAUUAAUUGGACACUACUAGUAAUACAAGUACGAAGUACAAAGUAUGAUGGACCCAAUCAAUUUGAUCGCAUUUUAACGGAUUUACCUGCUUCCUUCAAGUUCGAUCUUUAUAUUAACCCCUUCAUUUCAUCUCCCUUCUUCCUGUAAUUUAAUUUUUUUUUUUUUUUCUUAUUAACGCUUAUUUGCAAAUUGCAAUUGAUAAUUUACAUAAUCAUCAACCCAGAAAACUCAAAUUUAUUGUUUAACAUACAAUUACAAAAAAUAGCUCAGAAAUUCUUGAUCGUGAAUUCGCAAUGUUGGGUAAAAUCUUCAAUAAGCAUUCAUCUGAUUCUCAGCGACCGAAUGAAUCAGCGAAAAGUAAGGCUCUGAUUGACUUAAACCCACAAAUUAUUGCUCAUUAUGGAAUACCACCUACUGCAUCCCGUCUUGCUUAUGAUCCCAUUCAGCAGCUUUUGGCAAUUGGAACUCUAGAUGGAAGAAUUAAAGUUAUCGGCAGCAAUGAUAUAGAAGGCCUCUUGACAUCUCCUAAGGAAAUACCUUUUAAAAACUUAGAGUUCCUUCAAAAUCAAGGCUUUCUAAUUGGCGUUUCAAAUGAAAAUGAUAUCCAGGUGUGGGAUCUUGAGCACAGAUGUAUAGCCUCCGUGUUGCAAUGGGAAUCAAAUAUAACUUCGUUUUCUGUUAUCGAAGAAACAAAUUAUAUGUAUUUAGGGGAUGAUUGUGGAUUGAUCUCAGUACUACAGUAUAAUAAUGAAGAACGAAAGAUUCUGCGGCAGCAAUACAGCAUCCCAGUUCAUUCAGUUUCUGAGGCUUCUGGGAUUCCACUGCGUAAUGAUCAAUCUGUUGUUGGAAUUCUUCCUCAGCCCUGUUCUGGGGGAAAUAGAUUGCUGUUUACAUAUGAUAAUGGAGUUAUCGUUUUGUGGGAUAUCUCUGAAGAUCAACUAGUUUUUGCUAGAGGAUGGAAUAGCCACCAGGUAAAUGACGAUCAUGUUGUUAAUUUAGCAGAUAUUGGUGACGAACAAGUGGAUAAAGAGAUCAUCUCUCUUUGUUGGGCAUCGUCAGACAAAUCAAUACUGGCUGUUGGCUACGUAGAUGGAGACAUUUUGCUGUGGGAUUUGUCUAAUGUUGCAACAAGAAAAUACCACAAAUCUGGAAAGCCAGUAAACAAUGUGAUCAAGCUUCAAUUGUCAUCAGCCGAGAGAAGAUUUCCUGUGAUUACUUUACAUUGGUCAGCGAGAGGUGUAUCAAAUGAUGAUGGUGGCCAACUCUUUGUAUAUGGUGGUGAUGAAAUUGGAUCUGCUGAAGUUCUGACGAUCCUGAGUCUUGAGUGGUCUCCUAAAAAAGAUGCUUUGAAGAAUGUUGUCCGGGCAAAUGUCACCCUUCAAGGUUCUUUUGCAGAUAUGAUAUUGAUUCAAAAUUAUAGUGUGGUGGAACAUACAGGGACCACAUCAUUCUUUUUACUGACUAGCCCGGGACAGCUGCAAUAUUACGACAGUCAUUGCUUGUUGGAAUUACUUUCUGAUCAACAUAAAACUUGUACAACUCCUUUCAAUUACAGAAGUGUUGUGCCAACGUCUGAACCAUACUUGACUGUUGGAAGGUUCAUUUCAGUACUUGGAAAUACCAAGUGUUCAGAAGCUUUAUCAGAGAUGGCUUCAGAUCCAGCGCUGCAAGAAACAUAUCUACCAAGUGAUAAGAAUUUAAAGUGGCCAUUAAAUGGAGGAGUUCCUUGCCAUCUGUCACUUCACGGAGAGAGAAAAGUUGAAAGAAUCUACAUAGCUGGAUACCAGGAUGGAUCUGUUAGAAUAUGGGAUGCAACUUAUCCAGUACUGUCUCCUAUUUUUAUUUUUGAUCUGGAGGUCAGAGGUAUUACUAACGCUGGUGCAAAAGGAUCAGUUUCUGCUUUGGACUUCUCUUCUGAAACUCUAAAUAUAGCGACUGGCGAUGACUGUGGCACGGUUUAUCUUCUCCAUCUUAUUAGAGAUUGCAAUGAAACCAGACACAUUACCAAAACUGAAGUCCAUGAUUUCGAACAGGAUAAUGCAUCUCAUGUCUCAGCUGUCUUUACUUUUUGUACUUCUCCUGUAUACACCUUCAGAUUCACAAACCUUGGAUCCAGGCUUGCAGUUGGAUACAAGAGUGGGAAGGUUGCAAUGCUGAAUAUAAGCUCACCGUCAGUAUUGUUUCUCAUAGACACUCAUUCCAGCCUGAAUUCCCAUGUUGUCUCAUUUUCACCGGCAAUAUCUGUAGGAAAUCAUGACUUGACAACCAGCUUGGAUCAUUCCAAAGCUCAUGGGAUAAGUGACCCUGAUAAAGAGCUUAUAUGUUCCUUGACAAAUGAUUUUCAUAUUGCUGUUCUAGAUAGCUCUAAUGGAAAUGUGGUUGGAUCUGCCUCCAAAAACCUCAAUACAGAGUCAACUGCAAUUUCCAUGUACAUUUUAGAGGGUACCAAGUGCAUCACUGGAGUCUCUGGAGGAGAAUAUCUGCGUUUCGUACCUCAAGAGGACCAGGAAAAAAGUGAUCCUGCACAAGUUAGUGGUCAUAGUGUUGGGGAUCUUGAUAAAGUUGACCAAUCAACAGACAUUGUGCAGACCUCAACGGACUUGCAGAUAUUAGUUUGUUGCACGGAUGCAUUACUGUUGUACUCUUUAAAGUCUGUGAUUCAGGGGCAUGUUGACUCUAUCCGUGAGGUUCAUCUUCAGAAAACCAGCUGCUGGAUAACCACUUUCAAGAAAGACAAUGAGUACAGGCUGCUUGUAUUUUAUCAGACCGGCACUAUUGAAAUAAGGUCUUUGCCAAAUCUUGAAAUUUUGGAAGAACUGCCUUUACUGUCCAUUCUGCGAUGGAAUUUCAAGACCAACAUGGAUAAAACUAUAAGUUGCACAGAAAGGGGCCAGAUUACUAUGGUAAACGGAUGUGAAUUCGUCAUUCUUUCUCUUUUGGCUUUCGACGAUGAUUUCAGGAUCCCACAAUCUUUACCAUGUCUGUAUGACAAGGCCUUGACAGCAGCUUUAGAUCUGAACUUCUCUCCUAACCAGAAGAAAAAUAAGGAAACAUCUUCCGGAAUUUUUGGUGGAUUAAUGAAGGGCUUAAGAGCGAGUAAAGAAGCUCAGAAUAAAAAUCCUGUGGAGGGCUCAAAAUCUCUCAUCUCAGUAAUAGAUAAUGUAUUUUCAAGUUCUAAAACAGAUACUUCUGCAGCAGCAAAAGAUGCUAGAAAAGUUGUAGAGCUUAACAUUGAUGAUAUAGAAAUUGAUGAACCUCUACAUGUCUCACCUAUAGCUCACAAAAGCGAAAGUGAAAAUAAAGAUAAGAGCACGGAAAAGCAGAAGCUGUUUGAAGGUGGAACCUCUGAUACAAAACCAAGACAGAGAACAAUCGAAGAAAUCAAGGCCAAGUACAGAAAGCCUGAGGAUGCAUCCUCGGCUACAGCUUCUGCUGCCUCAGAAGCUAAAAACAAACUUCUAGAAAGGCAAGAAAAGCUCGAGAGGAUCGGCCUGAACAGCGAAGAGCUAAGAAAUAAUGCAGAAAACUUUUCCUCCAUGGCCAAAGAGUUAGCAAAGAAGAUGGAAAGUCGUAAGUGGUGGCAAUUAUAAGCAAGAACAACCAAUGACUAUUUUCUGACCUACAAUACUGCCACCUUCAAUAACUUCAUCUUAUUAAACGACUACAGCCACAUGGUUAAUUCAUGAGGUUCGACUUUCAAAUACGUUCAUCCAAUUAGCCAGUGAUCAGGUGAUUAUUCACCUUGAUAACUAAGCAUGUAUUGAAGCUGUAUGUUGCAUCAAAAUCCGAGUACAUUGCUCAACUAAGACUACCAUAUUUGUAUAUACAUUUCACAAGCAAAGUGGUUUCGCUCUGAAAAUAGGGUUGACCGGCGGUCACUGUAAUACUACAACCUCUCUGGAUUUCUACCUUAUGUAUGUAAAUUAUGUAUCCAAAUUCCAAAUUGUAUGAUGUAUCCAAUUUUUACUUGAGAUA